AUGAGCCCUUUUGGCUCUUUGUCCUGCAGGUUGGAAAAGGAGUGCCGGCCAGGGUUUUCUAGUUUUGCCCGUGCCCACUUUCCGCUGGCAGCGGAGCGUGGUUGCGAUCCGGGGCAUCUUUGGGAGAAGGGCUUCUCCGUGGUGAACCUCCAGGGUGCGAUCCUGGAGUUUGUCAAGGAAGUGUUUUUUGGUUUGGGGGUCCUCGGUGCGUCGAGGGCUUGGGCCACUGCGAUUGGCCUGCAGGACAAAGAUAUGCGGUCCUACUACGAGUCGUUCGGUGAAGCUGUGGGCGAAGAUUCGACUGGGGAAUCGAGCCCGGCUGAAGAGAGGAGUUGGGAUGCGAGAGAGAGGGCGGUGCGACGCUUUCCGGACAAUGCGGGCACGGGCGGCAUCUCAAGUGACUCGAAGGACCGCGAGGAGGAGGAACCAUGGAGCAACGACAGAGGGCGGCUGCGGAUGAGGCAGCCCGAAUGGGACGGAUGGUCUGAAGAUGGGUCCUGGAGGGACCCGCGAGCUCCAUGGGAAGAUGAUGGAAGGAGCCAGGAGACUUGGUCCUGGCGUGGUGGCCGGGACAGUGACCAGAGGAGCACCGAGAACUGGGGCUGGACCAAAGGUCAAAGUGGGCGAGAUGACAACCGGCAGAGCGCGGAGAACUGGAGCUGGACCGAGGGUCUGACUGAGCGAGAUGACGAUCGGUGCAGCAUGGAGAACUGGAGCUGGAAGACUGGCUGCAGUGGAGGCGGAGGCAGCCGCGCGGAGCCGGGGAAGAGGUGGCCGAAGGGCCAGCAACAAGGCUGGAACUCCAAGGCGGCACUCUAUGUCGGGGAGGAGGAGCACCCCGACUACGAGCUCUACUACAAGGACCAGGACGCGGCCGAGGAGAUUCGCGACCGGAAGGGCGAGGUGAAAGUGGUCGGCGAGGAGAACAACACCGACAAGGAGAAACGGGGAGGGGGAAGAGUGUCCAAUACAUAUCCCCCCACCUUCCGGGCCAGGCCUCAGGAGAGCUACGCUGAGUGGAAGCGGGCCGUGGAGUUUUGGAUCGGUGGAGAAGGAGGACAACUCCCACUGGAACUGAUUGGGCCACGGAUGAUGGUCCAGCUUCGAGACCGAGCAGGGCAACUAGUGAAAAGGCUCACGAAUGCCGAUGUUAAUGGGCCGGACGGCAAGGAGGUGAUCUUUCGGGAGCUCGAGAAGUCCCCGCUGAUCAAGCAGGUCGACAAGCACAAGAUCGACGAGCACCGGAGGCGCUUGAUGCACUUGAACCGGGCCCCUGGCGAGUCGGUGGAGAGCUACAACACUCGAGCAGCCCUGUAUCGGGCCCAGCUGGAGGGCUUGGAUAGCUCGCUGGCUAUGGGGGAGGCCUUCUACGUGGGCCACCUCCUGGACCAUGCCCACCUUAGCAAAAGGAUGGUGGAGCUGGCGGCCGAGCUUGAGGGCGACCCGGGCUAUCCCCUAGGCCUCUCCGAGCCCAACCUGGCUAAGAACGGGGAGGAGUGGAUGCUGCAACGAGGGGACCUCCGGGGCCGCUUCAUGAACGGUGGGGGCGGCCGAGCGGCGAGCGGGGCUCCAGGCGGUCGAGUGGCUAGACAAGCUUUUGCGGCCGACUGGGACGAGGUGCCGGAGCCCAUCCUCGAGGAGGGCGAAGACUCGCUGGACGAGGGCGAGACGCCACCGGAGUUGCUGAUCCGGGAGAAUGAGGCUUUCGGGAUGCAGUACCGGGCGAAGCAGAAAAUCGCUGAAGUCAAGAAGCUCAGACAGUACUACCGGAAGCCAGACAAUGACUCCAAGCGGCGUGCGCUGGCUGAACAGAUGAAGGUGAAUCCGUGCCACAAUUGUGGCGAGCUGGGGCACUGGAGCCGGGAAUGCCCCCACCCGCCUAAGGCUGGAGGCGGCAAUCAAGGGCCGAAGGCUCAGCAAGCCUUUGUCGCGAGAGCUCGCCCGACGACCCCGAGCGCAGAGCAGCCGGAGGACCGCGAGUGGGAUCUCCUACUUUCCUUGUGCAGCGGGGGGCCAAGCGGCGCCCGAGACUCGACUGUGGGCUCUCGUCUGAAGUACAAGGGCGCGUCGCAAGGGUCGGUUGCACAUAGAGCUCUCGGGGUUAUUGAGGUCGACGGGUUCGAUGUCAUGUGGUCCGUGCAAGAGCUUGCCUUCAAGAUCAUACUGGACAUUGGUUGCAUGAGGUCUGUGGCGGGGGUUCAAUGGGCCAACUUGCUAGUGAAGCGCUGGCGGGAGGAAGGUCGUUGGAUGCACGUGCGCAAGGAGAAGGAAACCUUCAAGUUCGGGGGCGGGGAAGUGUUGACUAGUCGCUUUCGUCUGUCGUUCGUGGGGAGCUUUGCGGGACGACCUAUAGUCUAUGGCUUCAGCAUCGUUGAAGGAAACUGUCCACCGUUGUUUUCCAGAGCGGCAUGCACACAGCUGGGGGCCAUCAUUGACUGUGAGAAUCACUCAGUGUCUUCGAGAAAGCUUGGAAUCAAGAACUAUGGCGUAGGUCAGGACAGUGGACACUACACGCUUGCCGUUGAUGAUUGUGAACCCGAGUGUGCCGUGCUCCCCCCCGACUUUAGCAUGACUGAGGGAGCCGAUGUGAUGCUGCUACAUCCGGAAGUUUUGCAGGGGCCCAAGACUAGCGAAAGCACCUCGCCCCGCAUUGCCGAUGGCAACCGCAGCGAAGUGGAGAGCGGGAACGAGUCCUACCAGGUGGUGGGAAUGGACCACGAUGGCGAGGACCGGCCGAGACGUGCGGCGCCACCACGACCGGAGAACAAGAACACCGUGAAGGGCCGCCGACAAUCAACAGCGACAGGGUCUCGGGAGCUGGCUUCGGAGGCCUAUGCGACGGUGGAGCCAGCGGAGGGCCUGACAGCCGAGGAGGUGAUGCUGUUGAACAAGAGACGGGCCAAACAGGCAGCCUCCAAGGCCCGGGCGAUCCAGAAGAGGGCUCUGACUGGAGUCCACGCGGAGUACCCGUCCUUGUCACAUGCUUGGAGCAGCGAGGUUGCGUACAACUUAGUGGCCUCCACGGCAAGCCGGAUGAGGACUUACCUGUGGAAGAAGCUGGUUUGGCAGCUGAGGAUUCGAGCGGCGGUGCAGGCCGACGGCGAUCGCCGCUGGAAGCGGAAUCCCAGGUGGCUGUCGAUGCUGCUGGGGAAGGAGGUGGCCUUUCUCUUCGGCCACUUCGGCGCCAUGAGGCGAGGCGGGGAAGGUCACCGCCCAAAUCGUGGACUCCACCAGAAGAUCAAGGGCGGCCUUCGACAGGCCCGCGAGGCCUUGGGCACUAUCGAUCGGGUGGUGCGCGACCCUGGCAAGAAGCUGGUCCUGGAAGUGUUUGGGGGUCGCGGGACUUUGUCGCGGCUCGCAGCCCAGCGACCGGGGUGGAUGGGGGGCCCUAAGAUCGACAAGGUUGCCGACUGGGACCUCACCGUGCCGGGGAAGCAGAAGGACUUGCUCAACUUGGUGGAGCAGCUCAAGCCCGACUUGGUGACGUUCGACCCUCCCUGUGGAGCAUGGUGCAACCAAGGCGGGGAUGCCCUGGCCGAGAGCUCAGUUUGGGAGCGUCGGAGAGAGCAGCUGGCCUACUGGCGGGUGAUCGCUGAUGCUUUUCACUUGGACUUUAUGCAGGCGCGGGGUGAUGUGGUGCGCGGGGUCCUACCUCUGUGCAGUUUUGGCUUAUGCGACCCGCAAAGCCGGCGGCCCUACCUCAAGAAGGUGAUCCUGGAGGCCAACAACCCGGAGAUGAUCCGCUAUAUGCUCAGGGGCGCCUACUGCAAGCACGGGGCUACGGGACACCAGCCGAUCGAGGGUUACUGCCAGGAAGGUGGGUCCUGGGUGAAAAGGUCGGAGGUGGCAGCCCGAUGGCCGGAGAAGCUGUGUCAGCGGAUCCUCGAGGCGGCGGACCAUGCCCUGAAGGGGGCUGGCUCCAGUGAGUUGGGUUCCCUCCACGAGGCUACUUCAGGGACACGAUGGGAGGGAUUGGUUGUAUCCAACUCUGCGGUCCCGGAGGAGAACUUGCGGAUGGAGCUGGCCCGGAACUCAAUGACAGGAGAGAGGUACGACUUUGUGUGUUUUGACGGGGCCGGCAAUCAACAACCACGAAGAUUGCGGGCCUUGGUGGCGCACUUACAUGUCACCAUGGGGCAUUUGUCCAAUGAGCGGCUGGAGCGCCUCCUGAAGCUGAGUGGGGCUAGCGAGGCUGCUGUGAGCCUGGUCGCUUACAACAAACCGAAGUUCUUCAACGAGCGCGUCUCCGGCGACUCCUUUUACGUGUGGGAUGCGGUGGCCGACCUAACAGACAGGCCGGACUCUGCCUUUAGUCGGGAAGUGUUCCAGGACCUGUGGCUCGCGGUGUUCGGCCCCCCCGAUACUUUGGUCACGGACGGUGGCCCAGAGUUUGCCGGGAGCCUGGCGGUGAUGCUUGACCUCAUGGGGGUCGUCCAGGAGGUCGUGCCCGAGGGCGCGAAAUGGCGACUGGGUCAAGCCGAACGACACGGAGCCGUCCUCAAGCUGAUGGUGAUGAAGAUGACGAAGGGUAUGGACCUUAAGGGGCUGAAGGACAUGCGACAUGCGCUUUUGGCUUCGGUGGCGGCAAAGAACAGGACCCUCAACCGCGGAGGAAUCUCACCGAUGCAAGCUGUGACAGGCCGGAACACUAUGAUCCCUGGGAGCCUUAUGUCGCAACUGGCGAGUGGCCGGGUGAAGUUCAAGUACAACGAGGCGGUCGGACACAAUGAAGCCAUUGCGCGGUCCGAGAGGAUAAGGAUUGGGGCCCUGGAAGCCUUUCACUGGUUGGACUCCCACGACGCGCUGAGGCGAGCCUUGGCCUCACGAUCCCGACCUCCUUUCCUCGAGGGUGUGCGGGAAGGGGCCAUUGUGUAUGUGUACGAUCCGCCGGCCUCAAGACGGGGCCUCGCAAGGCGCAUGCAAGACAACAGCAGCUGGACCGGACCAGGGGUGAUCGUAUGUGUGGAGCGCGAUCGCCCUGUACCUCAGAGAGUAUGGGUGCGACUGCGGGGUCGGGUCAAGGCCUUUCCUCUGGAGAAGUUGAGACUGGCUACCGUGGACGAGAUGGCCAGCGCCCAAUUCAUCACCCAGGCAGUCACCGAAGUGGAGGAGGAGCUGCGAGGCGGGCAAUUACGAGUGGAAGACGCCGGGGCCGAGGCCAGCCAGCCACAGCCCGGAGACGGACAAGGACGAGGCACGGCUUCGGAUUCGUCUUCCUCUUCCUCGUCGGAUGAUGACAUGGAGGAGCCAGUGGACGAGGAGGCCAAGGCCAAACAGGAAGCACGCGCCCGACUCCUCGACGACGUGCCUUUCUCAGUGGCCCAGAACCUCGAGGCCAACCGCAAGAGGGACGCCGAGGAUGCCAUGGACCCUCAUGCCUUGGACUUUCAGAAGAAGCAGAAGCUGUUCGAGUCCUUGGCCAAGCAGCUUGAGCCUCCCUCUCCUUUGGAGGAGGCGUCGCUGAGGAAGCAUCUGGAGGACACCUACGCCAAAUUCAAGUCGGUGCGUCGAACCAUUAAGUCCAAACCGCGGGGAGGCCCGGGUCGAAGUCGCGGCGAUGGUGGACAUGCGUCCAAUGCGGAUAGGAGCCAGAUCCGGACUGUGAUGGAGGUGACCCCCGAGGAGCUGGCCCCGACAUUCUUCCGACCGGGCGAGAUGGAAACUCUACUACAAGACACUGUGGGCCAGUGGAGUCUGUGGGGGGAGAGCUCGCCCCACUGUGAGAACGAGGUCCUCGUCCAGGUGGGUCAACAAGCGGCAAAGGCGGAGGCAGAUGGGCUCACCGAGGUUGUCACGGGCAAGGCGGUGGGCGUCUACCUCGAGCAUGGCGGGUUCGUUCUCACCAACAAAGGUGGGCCGGAGCUGGACGAGGCCGAACUAAAGGCGCGGUGGAUUUUUGGGGGCCAUAAGGAUCCAGAUGCUGGACUCUAUGCGACGGCGUCCCCGACGGCUAGCACUCUGGGUCACAACUUGCUCAACUUCGUGGCCGUGCAGAAAGGAUGGGUGGUGCACUAUGAGGACGUGAGUGCCGCUUUCCUACAGGGGAAGGAGCUGCCCCGCGUGGAAAAGGUCUACGUGAAGGUGCCCCACGGCUACCCUCCGGAGGUCCUCGAGUACCUGGCCGAGCAGCUGGGGGGGAAUGUGCGGACGGACAUGGUGGAGUUGACUAAGGCAGGUUUCGGGCUGCCCGAGAGUCCGCGGCUUUGGUACCUGGAGUACAAGGACACAAUCGAAGCUCUGGGACUCAAGGAACUGGCCCUCGUGCCAGGGCUGUUCCGGGCCUUCCAUGUGAGUGGAGCCCUGAGGGCAAUGGCUUCGAUUCAUGUGGACGACACCAGGUACGGAGGAGACGAAACGAGCCAGGAACUCUGGGAUGCCCUUCACGCCAAGCUUAAGUUCGGCAAGCUGCGCAAGGCGACGGAGGGCUGGCAGAAGUUCUGUGGGCGAUGGGAGCGACAAUGCCCAAGGACCUUAGAGAUGGAGUACUCAAUGACGGAGUACACCAAGCAAAUACCGCUGGCGAAGGUGCGUGAGGGGAAUGGGCAAGAUGAUCCGAUCCCCAAGAGUUCCGCCCCGGCAAGUGUGAUAGCUACCUCGUCUUCUACCUCGAUUCCCAAGAGUUCCCCAACGGCAGGUGUGAUAGCUACCUCGUCUUCUACCCCGAUUCCCGAGAGUUCCUCAACGGCAGGUGUGAUAGCCACCUCGUCUUCUACCUCGAUUCCCGAGAGUCCCUCAACGGCAGGUGUGAUAGCUUUCUCGUCUUCUACCUCGAUUCCUGGGGGGCAAGCUUCAGUUGAAGACGCAAUGGUCAUUCAGCUCUUGGCGGACGCCAUACACAAGGCAGUGGAUCCUAACGAUGCUUUGACAGGAGGGGAGCGGAAGGUCAUCGGCUCGGUCGUGGGUCGCUUGAACUGGGCCGCGCGUCAAGGCCGUUAUGACCUGGCUUUCGUGGCAUCCAGCAUCCAGCAACUAGCAGGUCGCGGUGAUCCAGCUGCCUUGCGAGUGCUGAACCAAGGGGUGAGGCGUGCUAGGGAAGACGUGGUCCUGCCGAUUCGUAACUUGGGUUGCGACUUGGCAGAUGUGGUGGUCGUGUCGGUCAGUGAUGCGGCCUAUGGAGCUAUGCCAGGAGGACACAGCCAGGCAGGCUUGCUGAUCCUGCUGGCCUCGCCCGACAUCCUUAAGGGUGAGGCUCCCGUCUGUGCCAUCGAGGGCACGAGCAGCAAGAUUCAAAGGGUGGUGCGAUGUUCUAUGUCGGCCGAGGUGAGUGCCCUGGCUACAUGCUUCGAACACGGUGACUUCGUGAGGGCCGUCUUUUGCGAGUUGAUAGACCAUCGCUUCGAUUUGAAGCGAUGGAAGCUGUCGGUGAGCCGGUGGCCGCACUACCUGGUGGCCAUCGACAUCGCAGUGUUGCGACAGGCCAUAGUCGAUGACGACACCAACUGCUUUGUCCGUUGG